GUUGUUCGAUUGGGUAAAUACGGAGAAGGAGGCGGGACUAGUAAUGGACGAUCUGGGGCUUCGUGGAUAGCCGAUGUACUGUCGUGAAUAAGAAGCCCCGGUGUGGGGAGUUUAGAAAAAUGCCUGAUUUGAAUCUCUAAAAGAACCUGAGGGCUGUUUAACAAUCGAUCACUUUCAGGCUCCUAUGGUUGCCUAACUUAACACUCAUCUUUGUGGGAUAAUAGGCUUGUAGCAGUGGCCUUUUGCGGCGGGUUUCGCAUCAGGCAGUACAGUGGACGUCCCCGGCACCGGGGUCCUCAGACACUGAAGAUUGACGGCAGACCGCAGGGAUGGCGGCAGGGCAGAGUGGGUGGCUGCGGCCCGCUCUGGGGCUGCGCUUGCUGCUGGCGACUGCGUUUCAAGCGGUAUCUGCUCUCGGGGCAGAGUUUUCGUCAGAGGCAUGCAGAGAGUUGGGUUUCUCUAGCAACUUGCUCUGCAGUUCUUGUGAUCUUCUUGGACAGUUUAAUCUGCUUCCACUGGAUCCUGUUUGCAGAGGGUGCUGUCAGGAAGAAGCACAAUUUGAAACCAAAAAGCUGUAUGCAGGAGCCAUCCUUGAAGUCUGCGGAUGAAAAUUGGGGAGGUUCCCUCAAGUCCAAGCUUUUGUCAGAAGCGAUAAACCCAAACUGUUCAGAGGUCUACAGAUCAAGUAUGUUCGAGGCUCAGACCCUGUACUAAAGCUUUUGGACGACAACGGGAACAUUGCUGAAGAGCUAAGCAUCCUGAAGUGGAACACGGACAGUGUGGAGGAGUUCCUGAGCGAGAAGUUGGAACGCAUAUAAACCGUGCUUAGCCGCUCUUGUCACUAAUCAAAUGAACUAUCACAGCACCUGGAAAAUAACUUAGUUUUGCAUGCUUACAUUGAUCAGUCUUUUUUAUGUACAUUAUUAAUCUUCAGAUUAGAAACUGAAGUAGCACCAACCACAACCCAUAAUAUAUAAGAUCUGGCAAGCUUAACAAACCCAUCUCUUAGAAAUUUCUAUUCUUCUGCACUUGUUGAUAUCAGCAGUGAAAUGCUUUGGAAAGAGGCAUCUGGUUAAUUAUGCAAAUAAUAGUUUGUGAUAAUUGGUCCAGUUUUACAAACAACAGAAUUUUAAAUAGGGGAGGUUAGUAAAGGAGAUGCCUCCCUUGCUGUGUGCUCUUUGAAAGUAAUUGACAGAAAACUACAAACAAGUAGGAUGCAUUGCACCUCAACAAUGUACCCAGCCCAGAGCCCUCGGAGCUUCUGUCGUGCUCAGCUUUCUUUUUAGUACAAGUAUUUGUAGUUUGUAAUGAAUGUGCCACAUACAAUUCUGUAGCCUUAUUAUUAUGGAACAGAUUGAAGAUCUAUAGUAAGAAUGUAAUACUUAUAAAGGUUUGCAUUAAUGAGGAUUACACAGAAAACCUUUGUUAAGGAUUUGUGUAGAUCUGAUAAUUGGCAAAUUUUUAUUUUUAAAGUAUUCUUACAGAAGAGUUCCAUUUAAGAAUGUUCACUUAUAGGACCAAAUAUAAAUAAAAACUUUCAAAUAUGUUUGAUUUUAAAUUA